AUGGUCCACCGCCGAUCUACACGUACAGCCACCAAAGCUCCUCCUCCUCCCCGGAGCUCGUCCAAAAUGAAGCAAAACGCCAUUGCCAGCUCCUCUUCCGUGCGGCUGUUCAUGUGCUCAGUCAUUUUGCCCAAUCUGUUGAUGGUCGCCGUGGCCCUCGUGGCCGUCUGGUUCGAAGUCACGACCAGCGACUUUUACGUGCAGUCAGCCGAGCUUUUGUCUCUGCUCAAGCGCUCGUUCAUCUUCUGGGUCUGUCUGGCUGUGCGGAUGCAGCUGAAAGACUUUGUGACGCCUCCCGAGCAUACUCGUCGCGCCCCGUCGCUUUGGAAAGAGGGCCGGCGACACACCCGCGCGCUUUUUGCUGCAGUGGCUGCAAAUUUGCUGGGAACGACAAUCAUUCGUCCGGUGUUUGGCGCAGCACCGCAGUUCGAAGACACUGUGCGGCUCGUCGUGCCCAUCUACUUCCUCGUCGAGGUCGUGGUCGACGGCCUUCGCUUCCCGCUCCCUUUACUCACGACAGUUGUUGGCCUGAGCGUCAGUUGGCUGAAGGCCGUGACGAUCCCGAAACUUGUCAUGGAGUGGCAGUCGACCACCAGUGCGCAUCCGAUAGCGUUUCUUGCGAUUUCGACGGCCAACUUGUACGCCAGUGGCCUGGUGCUGCGGUAUCUGGCAAACUACGCUCGGACACGUCGUGUUCUGGACGUGUCUAUGGAGACCGUCACUUUCCUUGUCAAGAGCGUUGGAACCAGUGCUGCUGUUGCUGUCGUGGCCUACGUCGCAAAUCAUCUCAUGGCGAAUAAGGAACGAGUACUGGAGGCCCGUGCUCUCUACUUCAUUGUCGCAUGGUUUGUGCUGGAUAAGUACUGGAAGAAAGCAGUUCGAGAGCUGCUGAUUUACCUGUGUCUGUCAAAAGAGAAGUCAAAGGGCGAGUAG